GAAACCUCACAACCUAUAAAAAGUACAUGGAUAAGCACUUGAAAUGUCAUAACAUUCAAGUCUAUGACCAAGUGCUGGAAAGUGUGAUUAGCAUAGAAAGGUUGGUGCUGGCUGAAGGGCCUUUUCUGUCUAUAACUCCAUGAUUCUAUGACAGCAUUUAGUCAGUAUUAGUGGUGUCAGUAUUUUAAGCCUCAGGGUUGAUUUACACAGCUUCUUUUGCAAUGGAUGAACAAUAACAGAUGGCCAAGCGUAAGUAACACAUCUGUAAUACAACGGAGAAUGACUGUGCUACGGGAGAAGGGAAGGAGACAGGCCAUCCGUGGUCCAGCAUUCAUGUUCAAUGACAGGGGCACAAGCCUUACUCUGGAAGAAGAACGUUUUCUGGACGCAGCUGAAUAUGGGAACAUACCUGUUGUUCGACGAAUGCUGGAAGAGAGCAAGUCACUGAAUGUUAAUUGUGUUGAUUACAUGGGCCAGAAUGCCCUACAGCUAGCAGUUGGAAAUGAACAUUUGGAAGUAACUGAGCUCCUUCUAAAGAGGGAUAAUUUGGCUCGAAUUGGAGAUGCAUUAUUACUUGCUAUCAGCAAGGGAUAUAUACGAAUUGUGGAAGCAAUUUUGAAUCACUCUGGAUUUGAGCCCAGUAAUCGGCUGACCCUCAGCCCAUGUGAGCAAGAAAUGCAAGAUGAUGAUUUUUAUGCUUAUGAUGAAGAUGGCACCAGAUUUUCUCCAGAUAUCACUCCAAUCAUUCUGGCUGCCCAUUGCCAAAAAUACGAGGUGGUGCACAUGUUGUUGAUGAAAGGAGCGCGGAUUGAGAAACCUCAUGAUUAUUUUUGUAAAUGCAAUGAAUGUGUGGAGAAACAAAAGCAUGAUUCAUUUAGUCACUCCAGAUCAAGGAUCAAUGCAUACAAAGGAUUAGCAAGCCCUGCCUAUUUGUCUUUGUCUAGUGAGGAUCCAGUACAUACUGCACUGGAACUUAGUAAUGAAUUAGCCAAGCUGGCAAAUAUUGAAAAAGAAUUUAAGCUUAAAAACAAGAAAAAUGAAUUGGUAAAGGGUCCACACAACGUGACAUCAUCGAAUGACUACCGGAAAUUAUCUAUGCAAUGCAAAGACUUUGUUGUUGGUGUUCUUGACCUGUGCCGAGACAGUGAAGAAGUUGAAGCUAUUCUGAAUGGUGACAUGGAAGCUGAGCGGGAUGAAGGACACCACAAUCAAAGAGUAGGAUUAACACGUGUCAAACUUGCCAUUAAGUAUGAAGUCAAAAAGUUUGUUGCACACCCAAAUUGCCAACAGCAACUACUCACAAUAUGGUAUGAAAACCUUUCAGGGUUGCGGGAGCAGCCCAUAGCAAUGAAAUGCCUUGUGGUCCUCGUUAUUGCGCUUGGGCUCCCAUUUCUUGCAAUUGGCUAUUGGAUUGCACCUUGCAGCAAGCUGGGGAAGAUGCUAAGAAGUCCCUUCAUGAAGUUUGUGAUGCAUGCGGCAUCCUUCAUCAUCUUUCUGUGCUUACUAGUAUUUAAUGCCUCUGAUAGAUUUGAAGGCAUCAAAACCUUACCCAAUGUCACUGUUACCGAUUACCCUAAACAAGUCUUCAGAAUGAAAACUACUAUGUUUACUUGGACAGAAAUGCUAAUUAUGGUGUGGAUACUGGGAAUGAUGUGGACUGAGUGUAAAGAAAUCUGGACAGAAGGACCACGGGAAUACAUUUUCCAAAUGUGGAAUCUUUUAGAUUUUGGAAUGUUAUCAAUUUUUAUUGCUGCAUUUACAGCAAGAUUUCUGGCAUUUCUGGAAGCUUCUAAAGCACAGCAGUAUGUAGAUGAACAUGUUGAGGAAAAUGAUCUAUCACUUGUAACACUUCCACCGGAAGUUGAAUAUUACACUUAUGCCAGAGAUAGAUGGGUUCCUUCUGAUCCUCAGAUCAUAUCUGAAGGCCUCUAUGCAAUAGCGGUUGUUCUUAGUUUUUCACGAAUCGCUUAUAUCCUGCCUGCAAAUGAAAGCUUUGGUCCAUUACAAAUUUCCCUUGGAAGGACAGUGAAAGACAUAUUCAAAUUCAUGGUCAUUUUUAUUAUGGUGUUUCUUGCUUUCAUGAUCGGGAUGUUUAUCUUGUAUUCCUACUAUCUUGGUGCAAAAGUAAAUCCAGCCUUCACAACAGUUGAAGAAAGUUUCAAAACACUAUUCUGGUCAAUCUUUGGUUUGUCUGAAGUAUCUUCUGUUGUCCUGAAAUAUGACCACAAAUUCAUUGAGAACAUUGGAUAUGUUUUAUAUGGAAUAUACAACGUCACUAUGGUGGUGGUCUUGCUCAACAUGUUGAUUGCAAUGAUCAAUAGCUCAUAUCAAGAAAUUGAGGAUGAUGCAGAUGUGGAAUGGAAAUUUGCUCGUUCAAAGCUAUGGCUUUUCUACUUUGACCAUGGGAAAACCUUACCCCCUCCAUUCAGUCUUGUGCCUACUCCAAAAUCGUGCAUAAGUUUAAUAUUAAGAAUCAAAAACUGUCUCAUUGGUCUGUUCAAAUGCAGAAGGAAAAGGUUGAAGAGAGAUGUAGAAAUUGGAAUGUUGAAUUCAAAGUCCAGGCUGAAUCUUUCUGCGCAGUCAAACCUAAGGAUUUCAGAAACACAAAGUUUCAACAGCAUUAUAAAUCAACCAACAAGAUAUCAGAUACUAAGUAAGUCUCUUGUCCAAGUGCAGCAUGAUCUGGAUGACAUGCAGGCUUGGGAUGCCAAGUAA